UAUGGUGUGGCAAAUUUAUGUGUGGCAAAUUUAGUCCCACAUCGAAUAAGUUUUUUUUGAUGUGGCCAAAUUAGUCCCACAUUGGAUAGGUUUGGGAAUGUGUAGUGCCUUAGGUUCUAUAUAUAGAAACCCUUCCCUUCACUUUGAAAUCAUCCCAACUACAAGUUCAUUUGUAACUUCUAAGGCUUGUAGUUUUCUCUUCUCUCUCUAUUGUAAUAUUUCUUAGUGAAAUAUAUUUGGUAGUGUCCGAGGAAGUAGGCAUAAUUGGCUGAACCUCGUUAAAUUCUUGACCAAUAUGGGAAGGAGGAGAGUACGAGGGUGAUGAAAACAAGCGACAAGAAGCUCUACGUCUAGCCAUUGAAUUGGGGUCUGAGUUUGUUGAUGUUGAGCUAAAGGUAGCUCGUGAUUUUUACAAUUCCAUUGGAGGGAAGAAACCUGUGAAUGUGAAGAUGAUUGUGUCUUCACACAACUUGGAAAAUACUCCAUCUGUGGAGGAAAUUGGUAACCUUGCUGCAACAAUUCAAGCUUCAGGGGCAGAUGUGGUGAAGAUUGUAACAACUGCUUUAGACAUCACAGAUUGUGCACGUCUUUUCCAAGUCCUAGUGCAUUCUCAGGUCCCAAUGAUAGGAAUUGCAAUGGGUGAGAAGGGAUUUAUGUCUCGGGUACUAUGCGCAAAAUUUGGAGGAUUUCUCACGUUUGGUUCAAUUGAGGGUGCUCCUGGGCAACCAAGUAUCACUGAAUUGUUGGAUUUGUACAAUUUUAGACAUAUUGGGGUUGCCACCAAAGUACAUGGUGUUAUAGGCAAACCUAUUAGUCAUAGCAAAAGUCCUCAUCUUUAUAAUGCAGCCUUCAAGUCUGUGGGAUUUGAUGGGGUUUACUUGCCUUUGUUGGUCGAUAAUGUCUCUGAUUUUCUUAACACUUGCUCAUCUCCUGAUUUUGUUGGCUACAGUUACACGAUUCCUCACAAGUUGGAUGGACUUAGAUGUUGUGAUGAGGUGGACCCUAUUGCAAAGGCAAUAGGAGCUAUUAGUUGCAUGAUUAAGAGGCCAAAUGAUGGAAAACUAAUAGGCUAUAAUGUUGAUUAUCUUGGAGCCAUUGCAGCUAUUGAGGAACAACUAAAAGAUUCCAUAUCUGGUUCACGUUCACCUUUGUAUGGUAAACUGUUUGUGGUUAUGGGAGCUGGUGGAGCAGGAAAGGCAUUAGCUUACGGUGGAAAAGAAAAAGGGGCAAGAAUAGUUGUUGCCAAUCGUACAUAUGCCAAAGCCAAAGAACUUGCGAGUAAAGUGGGAGGAAAGACUAUUCCUCUAUCUGAAUUAGAGAAGUUCCACCCAGAAGAAGGAAUGAUACUCGCAAAUGCUACAUCCGUUGGAAUGAAACCGAAUAUUGACGACACACCCAUACCAAAGGUAGCACUGAAACACUACUCGUUGGUGUUUGAUGCGGUUUACACACCGAAAUUGACAAGACUCCUUCGAGAAUCACAAGAAGCUGGAGCUGCCAUAGUCUAUGGUACAGAAAUGUUCAUCAAUCAAGCAUUCGUCCAGUUUGAAAGGUUCACAAAGUUGCCAGCACCAAAGCAACUCAUGAGGGAUGUGCUGGCAAGAAAUACAUGAGAAUAUAUAAGUUCUGGUCACGAAGCUUCUCUUUAGUUUUAUUUAGUGUUUCUAUCUGGAUAUUCAGAAAUCACAAGACAUAUAUUAAUGUUAAUGUAUCCAAGGCAUUAUCGGCUUUCACUUUUCUAUGUUCUCACGGUUUUAUUUUUUAAGGGAGAAGAUAUUUAUAAACUUAUUAGCCUUAUUUUUCAUCC